AUCCCCUCCUCUCCAAAAAUGUAGCACGCAGCCCAGCAUGUCCACCACCAACGUCCCAGGCAUCACAAACCCCACCAAACCCUCUCCAACCUCCAACACCAACUCCAAGCGCCUGCCCGCCCCGACCCUCUUCGUCGGCCCCCCCUCCCGCAACGCCUCGCAGCUCUCCCUCGUCAAACCCUCCGACAACCCCGCCGCAAAAGGCAGCAGUGCCCGCCCUCUAGUCUUCAGGCAGAAGAGCGCGCUAGGCCGCAACAACUACGCCAACAUCGCGGCGGACGUGAGCGCGCACAAUAACUCCACCGCCGACUAUGUUUCCCCCGAUGCCGCUGCCGGUCGUGGUGGCAAUACCCUGCGCAAACCCAGCGAGAAGAGCAUCAAUGCCAAAUGGCGCGAGAUGCAGAAUACGCUUAAUGAGGUGGAACUGACGGCGCAGAGCUCCACGCAUGUGUUUGGGGAGAGCCAUGCGCGUGCGCUGGACGAUUUGCGCGCUGCGCAGGUUGCGUUGGCUAAGGCUUGGGGGAGGGGGAGCGAGGCUAAGGGGGCGGCGCCGGAGACUGCGGCUGAUAACGCUGCUGCUGCGGUUGGGGAGAUGAAUGUUGGCCGUUUCCAGGCUACGGAGGACGCGGAGGCUUCUAAGGUGGGAGGAGCAGGUGGGGCACGCCAUCGUGCGGAAACGGGCGUGUCGACGUCGACGGUGUUGAGUGAUGAGAGUGUUAUGAGUGAGGGGGGAAGUACGCGGAGCGGACGAAGUCAGUUGGAGGAUGAGACGGCGCAGGACAUCAAGUUGGCGGGCGAGCGGCGGGCGGCGAAUGAGGCUUAUUUCAAGCGGGUGGAUGAGGGGGUCAAGGAGGUGGUGGAGAAGCUGGAGGCCGUGGCGGAGGCUAUGAGGGGCGUGGAGGGCGAGAGUCGCAGUUUGUGGAGUUCGACGGAGCGCAGUAGUGAGAGUGGCGGGGAUGAGGCGAAGACGAGUCCGAGGAGUGUGCCGGCGACUUGAGGAUGAGUUGUGUCAUGCUGGCUACUCUUGCACUCGGACCUGGAAUGGGACACACAGCCAGGGGUCCUAUCUAUUCGCGACAACUCAA